AUGUUUAUCAAACUGAUAAUCUAUUUUUCAUUGAUUCAUUUCACAUUAUCCGAUCAAAACAUCCAGGCAAACAUUGGUCAAGAUAUCACCAUGUCCUGUUACUUCGAUGAUCCAUCCCAACUCGAUCAACUCUCAUUUAUGCAUCAAACAACAGGUGAUAUUUUAUCACUUGGUCUGGAAUUAUUCCUCGAUGAUUCUCUGGUAAAUCAACGUAUGCAAUUGAUUCCGUUCGGAUCGAACCGUUUGGAUUUGAAAAUCUUUUCUGUUAAUCAAAACGACUCAGGCCUUUAUACAUGUAUGUUCAAUGAUGAAAAAUUAUCGUCAUAUCUUCUGGAAAUCCUCAUUCCACCAACAUUUCUUUCUUUCUUUCCAUUGGAAGCAAGUGUGUCAUAUCCGGAAGGAUCGUCAAUAAAUUUCUCUUGUCAUGCAUAUGCUUCUCCUCCAGCGAAUAUCACUUGGAUUUAUCGAAAUCAAAAUAAACAAUUUAAAAAUAUUCAAAGUGGAGAAGACAUUUAUAUCCCAUCGGUCGAACCAUUGGAUAGUGGAUCAUAUGAAUGCAUUGCAUCCAAUGGACAUCAUGAAGCAAUUAGUCGGUCAUUCUAUGUCACUGUUCAAUAUCCACCACGUGUAAAAAUUGACAAAUUUAUCGAUUUAAACCAACGACCAGUUGAAUUUCAAUGCGAAAUCUGUUCAGUUCCCAUCUCUCACAUCGAAUGGUUUCGAAAUGGAAGACAUAUUCUCGAUGAACAACAUUUUCUCAUCAAAACGAAUUCCAUUCGAACAGAAAACAAAGAUUGUCUCACAACAACCUUAACAUUUCAAGAUUCGAUUCAUGAAAAAUACGGUCGAUACGAAUGUCGUGCUGAAAACAUCCUUGGUCACCAUUCUGAUCAUAUCGAUUAUCAAUCAAAAAUAGUUCCAAUGCCCAAAUCUCGAAACGAACAAUCAGCAUUGCUAAUUCUUCCCAACAAUACCAUAGAUCAAUCGAAUUCCUCGAUAUGUUCUCUACAAACGAAUUCUCCACUACUAAUCUCAAUAUUGAUGAUCGUUUUUAACAGUUUAUCUCUGCUGUGA